AUGAUGGCAUUAAUAGAAUUGAGUGACCAGGUGAUAGUCGAACGAUUCGUUCAUACUAGGUGGAUUGCUCCCUCUGGCGAUCUCUUUUCUUUUGUAGCUCCUCGCUGCUCUAGUAAGUGUAUAACUCCUAUUAAUGAAGCGCGCAUCACUCCGCGAUCUCAGUGCUUGGAAGCCCCUUCGGCAAAGGGCGUCGUAGCUACUUUUUGCGUGACUACUGAUAGUGAUGACCUCCUUCACUCCCCACCUUCUUCCAUCCGGCAUUCUUCGGGAUUUCACUUCUGCCUUCUCCCCAAAAUCUUCGCUUUAGCGAUUACAUACCAACCUGUGCCGCACAAACCAAACAAGCUAAAGCUUGCCUGGUUGGUAGGAUCAAAGGGGUCAAAGUUCGUUAGCUGA